UCCCAAACAAACAUUCUUUAGCUUCCAAUUACACUUAGAUUCAUCAAUCUAUCAGUUACGUACAAAGAAGAAAGACAUAAUGGUUUUGUCUUGGACCAAAAGAAAGGUCUUCCGCCAUCUCCGUAAGGUGACAAAGGAGGAUCAACCUCCCUCCGCCGAUGACAUUGUCAUCCCCGUGCACUUUUGCUGCCCAGUGAGCUUGGACAUUAUGAAAGACCCCGUUACCCUCUCAACCGGCAUAACCUACGACAGGGACAGCAUCGACAAGUGGCUUGAAUCCGGUAACAACACCUGCCCCGUCACCAAACAGCUCCUAACUACAUCCGACAUGAUCCCCAACCACGCCAUCAGAAAGAUGAUUCAGGAUUGGUGCGUCGAUAACAGCUCCCAUGGCGUCCAGAGGAUCCCCACUCCUAGGGUUCCCCUUUCCAGAUACGACGUUUCCCGGGAAUGUAAGACCUUGUUGUCCGCUUCACAGCGAGGUGAUGAUGCCACGUGUCGGGAAUCUUUGGCCAAGAUCAAGGCUUGGGGGAAGGAGAACGAGAGGAACAAGAGGUGCGUCGUUGGCAACGGUUCCGCUGAUGUACUCGCACGCGCGUUUCAGAAUUUCUCACGUGAUUCGUUCGACAAGCACGUGGUUGUCUUGGCAGAGAUUUUGGAGAAUCUGACGUGGAUGCUUCCUAUUGGCGAGGAGGGUAAAGUGUGUUUGGGUUCGGAAAAUUCGUUGACUCGGUUGGUUUUGUUCCUAGGUGGUAAUGACCUUGGAGCAAGACAAAGUGCUUCUUUGGUGAUUAAGGAGCUAAGUGCUGAAGCACUGGAGAAAAAUGAACAACUUGUUGAGGCUUUGGUUAAGAUGAUUAGGGAGCCAAUUGGUCCAAUUGCUACAAAAUCAUGUUUGGCCACAAUUUUCAAUUUGGUUUCAUUAGCACAAAGUAGAAAACUAAUUGCAGAGAGAUUUGUGGAAUUAGGUUUGGUUUCAUUGCUGUUGGAUAUCAUUCUUGAUGGUGAAAGAGGGAUAACUGAGAAGGCAUUGGGGGUCUUGGAUUCCAUUUGUGAUUUCCAAAAGGGGAAGGAUUUUGCCAAGAGCAAUGCUCUAAUGGUUCCUCUUGCAAUCAAGAAGAUCUUGAGGGUGUCUGAAUUGGCCUCUAGCUUUGCGGUUUCUAUACUUUGGAAGGUUUGGGAUAAGCGUGAUGAAGGGGCUUUGAUUGAGGCCCUUCAAGUUGGUGCCUUUCAGAAAUUGUUGGUUGUGUUGCAAGUUGGUUGUGAUGAUAGCACUAAGGAGAAGGCUACUGAGUUGCUCAAACUGUUGAAUGCUUAUCGAGGCAAGGCACAGUGUGUUGAUUCUUCUUCAUUGGAACUCAAGUACCUUAAGAAGUCAUUCUAAUUAGACACAUAAUACUUAAUUACUUCCAUCUUUUUUCUUCUUGUGUAGGUCAUAGAUUCAUAGCAAUAUAGCAUAGAACAUUGAUUCAUUCUUUGUUGUACAAACAUACUCGCAUAAAGGAAGCAUAUGCUCCAACAUUCAAUUCAUUCUUUGAAUAAUGAAAUUCAUUUUUUGGAAAAA